GUGAAAGGCAGAUACAUACAGAUAGAGGCUGGGGCGCAGGAAGGGAGCUCUUGGGCAGAGAGUUGCGCUCUCUUUCAUCUUUGGCAGUCUCUUAACCCUGGUACAGCUUCUGGUGACAACGGGCUCAAUGACUCUCUUCAGACUAUAUUCCCCCAGCACUAGGGGGGUGGAGAGGUGUGAACUGCUCUCAGCCAAAAAAGGGGGCGUCUUCCCCCCCUAAAUACUCAAGGGAGAGGGAACUGGGAGAUGCAGAGAGUAGGAGAGGGGGAGAGAGUGCUCGCCUCGCGUCUCUGAGACCGUACAACCAGCCUUCCCUUAUCCCGACCAACACUGCGCGGGAGAAGAAAGGGCUUCUCCGGACUGAGCGAGGAAGAGCGGCUCCACACUUUCCCUGUGAGAGUCCCGAGCCCUGGGCGGACUGCUCCUCCAGCAGCGAGCGCUGACGCCGCGGAUUGCCUCUCUCGCUUCUCUUCCCCGGGACAAUAUUAUACACAGGGGUCGCUGGAAAGAGCAAAGGGGUCCGUCUCCUGCCUAUCGGAUUAAGUUGUCUCACCGUGAGCGGCCCCAGGACCCGGGGUGUCUCGGCGACGCGCACAGGUGUCACCAUGCAGCGCUCAGGAUGUCACCUGGAUCUCUUUUUCAUAUUAUUUGGGUUGCAGUUGCCUUUCAUAUCAUCAUGCCCCAUAAAUUGUGUAUGUUUUCCUUCACCAAUGACUGUAAGUUGUCAAGCCCACAACUUUGGAGCCAUUCCAGAGGGGAUCCCAGAGACCAGUGAGAGGAUAUUUCUGCAGAACAAUCAGAUUACCAUGCUCCUUAGAGGUCACUUCAGUCCAUCCUUGGUCACACUCUGGCUCUACUCAAAUAAUAUUACUUUUGUAGACCCAGCUACAUUUGAAGGAUUCGACAACCUUGAAGAGCUAGACCUUGGGGACAAUCGGUAUUUAAGGUCUCUGUCAUCAGAGACUUUCCAAGGUUUGUCCAGGCUUCAUGCAUUGUACCUAUACAAAUGUGGCCUCAGUUCGUUGCCCAGUGGGAUAUUCAGUGGCCUACAUAGCUUGCAGUUCCUUUACCUACAAGACAACCAUAUAGAGUUUCUCCAAGAUGACAUUUUUAUAGAUUUAGUCAACUUGAGUCAUCUUUUUCUCCAUGGAAACAAGCUCUGGAGUCUCCAUCAGAACACUUUCAGAGGGCUGGUCAACCUGGACCGUCUUCUCAUCCAUCAGAACCAGCUCCAGUGGGUUCACAAAUACGCAUUUCAUGACCUCAAACGGCUGACAACACUUUUCCUUUUUAACAAUAGCCUUUCAGAACUCCAAGGGGAGUGCUUGGUGCACCUUACUGCCCUGGAGUUUCUUAGGCUUAAUGGUAAUCCUUGGGACUGUGGCUGCAAGGCUAGAUCUCUUUGGGAAUGGUUACGUCGGUUUAGGGGAUCUAGUUCAAAUGUUAUAUGUGAAUCCCCAGAUGAAAUGGAAGGUAGAGACCUAAAACAUCUCAGAGCAGAGGACUUUAUGCACUGUUCAAACUCAGAAUCUCUUCAUCAGAUUAAGACACAUACAUUCAGUACCACGCAUCAGAUAGCACCCAAACACCACCACUCUCACCAUUCUUCCAAGGAGAAAGGGAAAGACCUUGACCUUGGUCUCCACCAAAAUGAACCGGCUGCUCUUCCUGAUCCACGUCCAGGUUCUAGAAAGCCAGGAAAGAACUGUACAAGUCACAAGAACAGAAAUCGGAUCCCAAAACCCUCAACUAGUAAGAAUAUACAUGAUCUCCAGGAUUAUGUGCCGGAUUAUCAUCACAAAUUCAAUUUUGGCACCAUGCCCACUGUUUCCACAAAGAGAAAGACUAAAUGUACAAAGAGGACCCCAAUCAGGAUACCCAGUGGAGUGCAGCAGGCAGCGGGCAAUGGAUGUGAUGGGGUAAGGGUAUCCUUGCUGCUCUUCCUCCUGGUGUUAGCUGUCAUUGUGCGCUGAUCUUCUGUGGAAGGACUUCCAGCCACUGCCACCACUUCCCAAAGGACCAGCAUUUCUUUUUGUUAUUCUUCUUUAUCUGUGUAUGGAGGAUUUGACAUGGAGGCAGAAUGAAAAGUGGCUACAGGCGUUCUCCUGCCUUGUGUCUAUGGAUUAUUAAUUAUAAACUGGAUACAAGAGGAGAUAAGGAAUGUUAGGGAAAGCAUUAUCACAAGCCAACCACAUGCAGCCUCAACUUGCAUGUACAAAAGGGCAAUAUCUUUUCAAAAACAUUGACGAAAAUACACCUUAUCCAUUCCUGUUGACAACCAGACAUGCAAAAUGGGGCGUUCUUACCAAUCCUUCUUGUUUUAUUUUUUUUUAUAUUGUUUGUCCCUAUUUUAAGAGAGUGAAGAUAAUUGUUGGAAAAAAACUACAGACGUUAUUAGUUCUCGGCCUCCUACACAAAUGUGUGACAUUGUGUAAGUGGUGUCAUCAAAGGGACACAUAUUGGCUCUGUUAGCCUGUCCAGAUAUUAUUGGUCUUUUGGCCAAUGCUGCUCAUAAGACAAUCUACAAUUCCUGAAAUACUCAGGCAUAUUUACUCUAUAUAGCAGGGCUCAGCUGCCAUGCUACCAAAGGAAGGUUGCAAAUAUAUGAUAGGACUUGUUCGAAUAAAAUAGAGAAGUUAUUACUACAGGCAGCCUGUUUAUUUUGUAUAUGUAUCACAUAGAUAUUUAAAGGCACAGCAGUCCUUUUACCUUCUCCGUUAUGUCCUAAAUAUCCAUAAGUGUGUCUAGAAAUGUUUCUAUGGCUAUUUCUGAAGAAAAAAAAACAUACAUACAAAUCAAUUGUGCCGUCAGAUUUAUAGCAAAUAGACAUUAUUGGCUUUCGGCUUCAAAUACAUUUUCAUCUCUGCUUAGAUAUAUACCCUAUUGUUUCAGGCUGCCACAGAGGUGGGCAUGACACAGUGCUACAAGAACCACCCAGGGUUUACUACAGACCAUGCUCUGCAAGAAAACUAGGCCAUAUUACAGAGAACAUGGAUUGAGAAACACUGCUGUAUCAAUAGAUAAUGUAGAUAAUGGAUAUUCCAGUAUACUAAGGCAGAGGCAAUCAGAAUAUAAAUGAAGUAUAAAUUAAGUAAGAAGUAUGAAUUAUACUAGACCAUAAUUAAUACACACCCAUAGAGAUCAGUUUCCCCCAAGGGAGCAGAAGGUGAAAGGGGGAUGUCGUAAAAUGAUCUUGAGAUCCUUCAGUAGGGAGAGAAAGAGCUUGCUCCCACCAGUGUUAGCUUAGUGUGAUCCUUAUAGCUGGACUAAAGGUAUUCACCGUUAAUUCUCAAAGGCAACAGUUCUGGAGAGCUUAUCCUGACACAAAAGCCUAAAUAAAUACAAUUCAGACAAAUUCAUUAUCUGGGUGGUCUGCAGGAACCUAGGAAAAGGCCCAGGAGACAAGCAUUAUGAAUACAUACAAGAAUACUGGGAAAUGCUACAUUACGAUGGAUGUGUGCCUAUAUAAUACCAAGAAAUGUUCUAAGUUCUCUUCCAUUAUGUUUUUGAAGACAGGUUAAUGAAAAUUCAUGUUGGUAUAGUUGUGUCGGGAUUAGCUCUACAACACGGCCAGUGCCGUCAGCUACGUGGUCUCUCACAUGUUUGCACUUCAGUUCUACCAAUCCAGACACCAGGCGGCCCUAAAUAAACAAAUAAGUCAAUAAAACCUUAGGCAAACAGUCUUUCCCUGUGAUGGAUCAAAAACUGGAGUGCAUGCACUGAGAGAUUACCCUUCUGCCAGUGAACAGUAGCAGUGUUAAUCAGAUAUAGAUAGCAGACGGGUAAGUUCUGUGCAUACACACAGAAAAAAAAUGUAAUUUCCUUGUUGGAAAAUGUGUGUGACCAGAAGAGAACACCGAAAUAAACUAAAAUAAAAAAUAGCCUUGGGUAUAAAA